GGGGGGGCCGCCAAACGCCACCCAACUGACCCAAACGCAUCCACUAAAGAAAAACAAAAUCGGGGAAAAGAAUAAAAUAAAAUACAGAUACAGGGAUUAGCGAUACACAAUCGAUUUCUAUAGUCUCUCUCCGGGAACAGCAAGAGAGAGAGAGAGAGAGAGAGAGAGAGAGAGAGAGCGAGAGAACUGGGGCGAUCUGAAGGGAAAUGGGGACGCUUCAGACAUGGAGAAAAGCGUACGGUGCUCUCAAAGACCACACUAGAGUCGGCCUUGCCCAUGUCAAUUCCGAUUUCAAGGAUGUGGAUGUGGCAAUCGUUAAGGCUACGAAUCAUGUGGAGUGCCCACCCAAAGAGAGACAUCUCAGAAAAAUUUUGGUUGCGACAUCAGCAAUGCGGCCUCGGGCUGAUGUUGCAUACUGCAUACAUGCACUUGCAAGACGAUUGGCAAAGACACAUAAUUGGACGGUUGCAUUGAAAACUCUAAUAGUUAUCCAUAGAGCUUUGAGAGAAGGUGAUCCUACGUUUAGGGAGGAACUGUUGAACUUCCAGCAGAGGGGACGCGUGCUCCAAAUGUCGAAUUUCAAGGACGAUUCUAGCCCUAUUGCUUGGGAUUGCUCUGCCUGGGUCCGAACAUAUGCACUCUUCUUGGAAGAACGACUGGAAUGCUUUAGGAUACUUAAGUAUGAUAUUGAAGCCGAGCGUCUUCCUAGACCUGCACAAGGCCAAGACAAGGGUUACAGUAGAACUAGAGACUUGGACAGUGAAGAACUUUUAGAUCAGUUGCCCGCAUUGCAGCAGUUGCUAUAUCGUCUUAUUGGAUGUCGGCCCGAAGGAGCUGCUGUGGGCAAUUAUGUAAUUCAGUAUGCUCUAGCAUUGGUGCUGAAAGAGAGCUUCAAAAUAUACUGUGCAAUAAAUGAUGGAAUCAUCAAUCUUGUUGACAAGUUUUUUGAGAUGCCAAGACAUGAAGCCAUUAAAGCCCUCGAUAUCUAUAAAAGAGCUGGCCAGCAGGCAAAUAGUCUUUCUGAUUUCUAUGAAGUAUGCAAAGGACUUGAACUUGCUAGAAAUUUCCAGUUCCCUGUGUUGAGAGAGCCUCCACAGUCCUUUCUAGUGACCAUGGAAGAGUAUAUAAGAGAAGCACCAAGGAUGGUUUCUGUUCCAAGUGUGGCCUUGGAAUACCCAGAAAGGCUGAUGCUGACCUAUAAGGAAGAGGAUGUUCCUCCACCUUCUGAAGAGACAAAAAUCGUGUCCGAGGAACCCAGUCCACCACAAUCCGAUGAAGUUGCCAUCUCAACUGCUGAGACAGCUCCUCCUGUUCCCCCUCCUCCAACCAACUUGGACACGGAUGAUCUGCUGGGUUUGAAUGUGACUACACAAGAUGCAUCUGCCAUUGAGGAAACAAAUGCGUUGGCUUUAGCCAUAGUUCCAUCUGGCACUACACCAUUUGACUCUGAUGCUCCCCAAGUGAAAGAUUUCGACCCCACUGGGUGGGAACUUGCCCUGGUUACUACGCCCAGUACCAAUUUAUCAUCAGUGCAGGAAAGACAAUUGGCGGGUGGGCUGGAUUCACUUACUCUGAACAGUUUAUAUGACGAAGGCGCAUAUAGAGCAUCCCAACAGCCAGUAUAUGGAGCACCUGCCCCAAAUCCAUUUGAAGUCAGCGACCCGUUUGCUAUUUCUAACAACGUUCCUCCUCCUCCUACCGUUCAAAUGGCUGCAAUGACACAACCACAAAACAACCCAUUUGCUCCGUUUCAGCCUGCUUAUCCACCACCCCAGCAGCAGCAACAUUUACUGAUGAGCCCACAAAAUCCUUUUGGUGAUGCUGGGUUUGGAGCAUUCCCUGCUGCCCCUGCUGCUCACCCGCAAACUACCAAUCCGUUCGGGAGCACCAGCCUUCUAUAAUGAAGAUGCACAUAUACAGAUAUGUAAUUUACUCGGCCGUAGUUGAUUUUGGUGUAUUCGAUACGAGUGCCAGUGUGAAGUGUAGUCCAUCCACAAAGGGAGUUGGUUUUUUGAGCUCUGAGUGAUACCUUUGUCUUGAGUGGAGUUGUAUAGCUAUUCAUCAGUGCUAAGAAAAUGUAAUACUUGUUGAUAUGAUGCUUCUUCAUUAACGUUUCCUGUUAUCACUAUUUCUUAAAGCCAGAUUUAUAAGUAAAAAAUAUGUAUAUUAGGAUUAAGAAGACAUUUACAGAAAUUCAUGAGUGGAUAUGUCUUAAUUCUUUUAGGUU